GAGAAUUCAAUCCAUCAGCACGAAAUGUUAUUCCAUCACGCGCCGGUCGCUACAACUGGAUGAUACAUUUGGAAUUUGUCUUCGACGAUUAUGUGCUUGCCGCGUACCGGAAUGGUGAAGUUUUUAUCUGGGAUACACGGUGUCUGGACUUUUCUUCUCAUGGGGGAGAAUGUGGUAAUUAUAUUUUUGCGGAAGGAAUAUACUCUUGUGUCACUGCCGUUGGCGCAGUUAACUCUACUGUUUUUAUUGGGAUUAUAUCCAAUUCUGGUCGAACUGCGAUUCUAUCUGCUACCAUAGGGCCGUUUCUGCUCACCUCUUCGGAGGAGAAAGCUAGUCCUGCGUUCCAGUUGAUCACUACCAUGGACACCAGGAUCCACGACAUCCACGACUUCCACGACAUCAAUGUAGAAGCUGAAAUGGCGCUACUUUCACGCGCGACGGAAAUUUAUAUCUCCAAUUGGCGCACCCAAACUUGCUAUAAAAUGCUCGAUUUUUUCACCGGUCAAUUCACCGAGAGAGUAUCUAUACCCACCUCUAGUCCACUCUCUCGCAAGCUCGAUGAUCGUAGCGGAUAUGUUCGGAAGUUAAAGUUUGUUUGGCCUUAUGUCCUGUGUUUGCGGUCCUCUUCUAUCUCCGUGUACGACCUGCGACCUUUCCUUGAAUCCAUGGAUUCAUCGCAACUCCCGCAAGUACCUAUACUCGUGCACAAAUUACGAGACCUCCACUUCACAGACGUCUCAAUAUCCAACCCCUGGCCUCAACCCAUUCGCUCCUCCGUUCCUUCCAAUCACUCGAAAACUUACAGGAUGUCCCUUGUUUGCUAUGACUGCGGCAAAGGCUUGUAUCUAUACAGAAUAAUUCUAGAUCUGUCGCCCACUCCGUCGCUUUCCGUUAACUGCAUCGACACCUUGUCUUAUGCGACUCAUGGUGGAGACACCCUC